AAUUAAAUAUAUUAAUACUUUAAGUUAUAUAUAUAUGCUUAUUAAGAUUACGAUAUUCACGGUUGUUUUUAAUUUCAGCGAACAAUUUUUACCCCGUGGAAGACAAUGAACUCGACUUAAUUAAAACUAAAUAGUCUUGUCACGAAGGAUUACAACAGUCCGAAGUGUAGGAGUAACGAGUUCAAUGAAUAUAGCAUACUUAUGACAUGUGCGUGCGCAUCCAUGAUCUUACAAGGUCCUAACCUCGCGGACGCGAGAUAUAAACACCGUCAUCACUGAAAUUCAGCAUCUUCGUUAUAGAAAAUCCAUACUUUCAGAGAAACACCUAAGCUUCCCGCUGGUCAAUUUUAUCAGAAGUUCGAAAACGGAAAGACAGAAGGAGAAAAUGCGAUCUUUCUGGAGAAGUUGUAGCUAUUUCCGCUCUUAGCUGACCCAUUAAGCGCCUCUGGUGUCGCCCAUUUUUACCGCCAUUAUGGAGGUUUGUCUUUAUGACUCGACGAUUUGCCGGCUGUGUGCCGAAGACAACGGUAAUGGAGAAUUACUGUACAACGCUGAGGAGGAAGAGCCGGAUUUAAGCACCAUGGUGAACCGCUACUUGCCGCUGAAGGUUCGAGAUGAUGGAAAGUUACCCAGGACAAUUUGUCCAGGAUGUAAUAUCCAGCUGGAGGCGACGAUUCAGUUUUUUGAAUUAUUGGUGGAUGGUCAAAAGAAAAUUCGGGAAAUGUGGAAGCAGCAAGUUGAAAUACAGCGUAAGGUGGAGCGUGAACGUAUACGUGCUGAAAGAGAGAAUACUGAAUUGGCUACUGAAACACCUGAGCUGGAUAACUUUGAUAAGAGUUCCGAUAAUGAACAACUUGAACAGCAAAUCAUCAUUAAUAUUAUGCCAGAUGGAUCCAUGUACACUGCUGAACAUGAUAUGAGUUUACAAAUGGAAGGAUUGAGCAAGCCAAGAAGAAAAAGAGGAAGACCUCCAAAAACUCACGUAGACACUGAGUUAAAGGAACUUAAUAAGGAUGGAGCAGAAGGUGGAAGUCAGGAGGAAGAAGAUAAACAAGAAGAAGAAUUAGAUGAAGUAGAUGGUGAUGGACGACGCCGUCGAAAAAGAAAAGUUCCUAAAAGAUUUAUGGAAGCUGUACAAGGGAAAGAAUUAGAGAGGAUAUUUAAGGAAGAAGGUGUUAUUGAUGAAGAGGAUGGUGAUGAACCAGACGAUGACUAUGCAGAUCCAGAAGAACAUUUAAAUGUUCCUACACCGGAUGGAAAUGAAGAAGUCAUUGGCCACCUAGAGACGGAAGAAGGAAAAGAUUUAGGUCAACUUGUAAUUGUGAAUAAAGGAAGAGGAAGAGGUAGACCUAAACUUCGGCGACGUAAGCACAAGUUUACCUGUAACUUGUGUGGUAGAGGCUUCCUACAACGUAACAGAUAUACAAUGCAUAAAAGCUUUCAUAAGCAUGUGAAGUAUGAGUGCAUCGAAUGCAAGAAGCAGUUUACCAAUAAUGACAACUUCAGCUUACAUCAAAAAACGACUGGUCAUAGUGGAGAAAAUAUUAUCGAAAAUAAUGAAGAUACUGGAUCAAAUCUUCAAGAUAAUUCGUUGCUUAAGAGUUCAUUUGUCACUGAAGAUGAAAAUAAUGUAAAUAUUAUGACACCCAUUGAAAUCGAAAAUCAAAACUUAGCAACAAGUGUAAUAUUCAAGACUGAAAAUGAUGACACGGAGAAAGCAGAUAAGACAAUCGAGUGUGAGCAAUGCCAUAAAGAAUUCCCAUCUAAACAAAUGUACGAAGUACACAUGAAAGUCGUUCAUCAAGGAGUAACGCCAUUUACGUGCAAUAUUUGUAAUAAAACAUUUGCUUAUCAUACAAGCUUAAAAGGUCAUAUGUUAACACACGAGCAAAACAGCAAAUCCGAUAAAGGAUUUCCUUGUGAUAUAUGUGGUAAAGUAUUGAACCACCCAAGUUCAGUUGUAUAUCACAAAGAAGCAGAGCAUAAUAAUGGCCGACGAUUUGUGUGUAAUAAAUGUGCUAAGAGUUUCAAACAUAAGCAGCUUUUGCAACGUCAUCAACUUGUUCAUUCGGAAGAUCGGCCUUACGUAUGCAAGUCCUGCAGUGCCAGUUUCAAAACAAAAGCUAAUCUUAUCAAUCAUCAGUCUACUCACACUGGCGAGAAGAAAUACUUUUGCGAAAUUUGCGGUCAUCAAUUUGCCCAUAAAACCAGUCUUACAUUGCACUAUAGGUGGCACACUGGUCAUAAGCCUUAUACUUGUGAUGUCUGUCAUAAGAGUUUCUCUCAAAAUGGAAAUCUUCAAGAACACAUGCGAAUUCAUACUGGUGAGAAGCCUUAUUGCUGUGAUUACUGUGGUCGCAAGUUUACUACGUCAUCUCAGUUUAAACUUCACGUAAAACGACAUACGGGUGAACGACCAUGGAAGUGCGAAUUUUGUGCGAAAUGUUUCCUUCAUAAGGACACAUGGAAAUGUCAUGUGCGUAGGCACAAGGGGGAAAGACCUUUCCAAUGUGCACACUGCAAUCGUGGUUUUACGGAACAGUGGGCCCUAAAGAAGCACCUUCGAUUACAUACUGGUGAAAAACCAUAUUCCUGUGAUAUAUGUGGAAAAGCUUUUGCAGAUUGUUCCAACUUAACAAAACAUAAGAAGAUACAUAGAGAAAACAAAACAUUGGGAGUUACUGAGUUAUCAGAAGGUCCCACAAUUAGUGAAGUUUGGCAAAUUUUGCCGGACACGCGGGAAGAAGAUGAGAACUCGCUGAGCGAACAAAUGACUCAAGUAAUUGCAACAGACGAAAGUUCCAGAGAUGGAAUGCCACAGAUUAUUUAUGUAUCGUAUCAAGAUCCAGAUGACCCGAAUCAAUCUAGAACUUUACAUCUUGUUGAUACAGGUAUGAUAGAGGACAAAGAUAUUGCAGUUACUGAAAAUCAGUCUUUACCUUCGCUAGAUGUUGAAGAUGAUCAAAUCAUUUCUCAACAAGAAGUAAGCAACGACAUCAACGACACCGAAGGAAGAAUGGAUAUAGAUCUUUCCGAGUCAGACCUGCAUCUUCAGAUUACUGACGAGGAUGGUAAUCCUAUUCCAUUGUCAAUACAAGAAGCUCGACAACUGCUGUCAGAAGGACAAUUCGUUAGUCAGCUGAAUGACGGCCAGACAAUUAGAGUUCAUUCAGCUGUUGUACCUGAAGAACUAGCAGAACAAUUAAAUGUUCAUGUACAACAUGCAGUCGAUGUUGACGGACUCAAUGAUGAUGCCACGGAGGAAACUACAUGUGCAACUACGGUUCAGAGUGAUGCAGAAGCUAUUGUAAAAGCCCUUGAGGAUGAAAAUACGGAUGCUACUGCAGUGGCGGUAGUAAACCAAAUGGGAGUGGAAGAACAAGCGGAUAUAAUGGAUAAUGAGCAAACUAUUGAAUUUACAACACAGGAUGGACAGAAAGUAAGACUGGUUACCUCUUAUAACGUUGAUCCAUUGCAACUUGCAUCAGAGUACCUGACUAUCGUUUAAAUUUACACUUCAAAAUUGGAAACAAAUAUUAUCAUUACUAUAUUAAUAAUUUUUAAGUAGAACAUACGCAAAAUUAUAGUAAAUCAUUGCUGUUUACAUUGCUACAUUCUGUGGGCCAGUAUUUGAUGUGAUAUAUCCAAUCCAUGCUAUCGUUGUCUGAAAAAUGGCAGUAAUGGUAGUCUAGAAUACAGAAUAAGCUAUUUGUUGGUUAUGAUCAUCUAAUUAUGGAAACGACAGGUGUUACAUUAAAUACAUUGAGUUUUUAAAGGCCUUUUUUAGAGUUCUGAGUAGUACACGUGCGCGAAAUAAUUGACUAUACUUUUAUACAUAGCUCAUUGUGUAAAACUUAUUAAAUAGCUUUUCUGUGAUCAAUUCCUUGUUUGCUACUCUUUUGAGAAUCAACUGUCACAUAAUCUGUAAUUACAGUAUUUAAUUUCUUUAAUGCAUAUGAAAAAUAUUAUCUGGAAUCUCAUUUAUGCUGAUUCUCCAAAGAAAUUGAAACUCCAUGAGAAUUAAAAAGUAAUUGUAAAUAGGUGAAUUGAUUUCAUUUCUGCGUGAAUAAUUGUAAAGUAAAUUUAAUGAAAUAUAGGAAAGUUCCUGUGACAAAUGAAAUUAUCUCAUGUACAUGUUUUCACAUAGAAGUGCAUUACAUCUUUUUAUGCUAUAUAUGUAAUAUUAAGUACUAAUCAUUUAUAAUUGAUCUUAAAAACAUACCAUGUAAGAGUAAUGAUAAUUUAAUGAAAAAUAUACUGUACUUAUAAGUUUGUAAAUAAAAAAUGCUGUUUCUAUUA